AUGUAUGUUACCGCUGACACAAAAGAUACAUUGGAGGAGAUUAUUAUGAUAGGUAUCGACGUUAUUUCUAAUGUAGUCGCUGGUAAAGAAAUCGAAGAUUUACUUAAUAUAGAUGCUUCAAAAUUAUGUGACUUAAAUGGGUUGUACUCGAAGAAACUCCUUGAUUCCCCUGAACUAAGAACCAGUGAUCUCAAAUGCAAGCAAUAUAUUUGUGAUAGAACUAUUACACAAAUCGAUUCAGAAUAUUUCAAUUUCGUUCGUAAGUACAAGCUAGGUGCGUUAGGUUGGAAAUCAGCUGUAGAUAGAAAUAAAUGGGUGUAUCUUUGCGGAGCCACACUUAUAAGCAGAAACUUCAUGUUAACGGCAGCGCACUGCUCAUCCGUGCCCUUAACAAAGUAUGGUGUUACUAACAGAAAACCAGAAAUCGUACAGCUCGGUGAUAAAUUUCUUCAUAAUGACAUCACGAUCGAUGAAAAUGAUGGACCAAAAUAUGUGUCAAUAGAAAAUAUUAUUAAUCAUCCCGAUUAUGAGGCUUCGAAGAAUUAUUACGACAUUGCUAUCGUCGAGUUGGCAGAAUCUUUAAACUUUGGUCCCCUGAUCAGUCCAGCCUGUCUCUGGAACGACCCCGAGACAAGUUCUUUGGAUAAACUUCUUAUAACCGGUUGGGGGGUUGUCCAUCCAGGUAAGAUUAGGCAGAAACAAGACGAAAGUGUUGGGAUAGAUGAGCUUCAAGUAGCUGAAGUAGAUUUAAUUGAAGACAUCAUCUGUGAUGAAUUGUUAAAACCAAGGCACAGCAGAAAAUGGGAUGGUCUUUCUGAUCAUCAAAUGUGUGCAGGUUUCCUAGAUGGCGGUACUGAUACUUGUCAUGGUGAUUCUGGUGGACCACUACAAGUUAAAAUGAACUUCACGAAUAAAGUACCAUUCAAGAAAUGGCCGAUGUACUACCAAGUUGGCGUGACAAGUUUCGGUUUCAAGUGUGGUCGGCCGAAAACACCAAGUAUUUACACGAAGACUGGAUCAUUCGUCGAUUGGAUUGAAGACGAGGUUUGGCCAUAA